UUCCAGAUCUUCUUCCACGUUGUUUUUACAUGAUUAGGCCCACUGAUGUUAUUCUUAACUGUCUCUUCCUGGUCGGUUCAGAACCUAAGGAUAUUUUGUUGAAAAUUAUACCAAAUAAUUGGAAGUUAAAGUCAUUAGUAAAUAUCAUAGAUACAGACUCUGAGAAGUGUCGUUCUGGAUAUUAAAACCUCAUCAAUAGAGAGGUUGACACAAUAGCUGGCUGAAACUAAUUUGGAAUUAAAGACCAAGGAGACAAAGUGCACAUUGGAGGAUGCAAUGUAGACCAAACUACAGCUGGAUAUCAGAGCAUUUUCCCGAUGGUUUUCCUAAAAUCACUAAAUUUUAUACCAAAACUAUCUGACUUCUUAGGUCUAGCCAAAUUUAUAUUUAUCUUGAAAGACCAGUAAUCAUUGACAAUGAAUACAUUCGUUCUCAAGGCAAGAGAGUGUGAGGAACUGGAGAUAUAAACACCUUAUUAUGCAUCCUUAAUAGCAGUAGUUGUCAUAUAAAUGGCAUAUACACCAUCUACAACAACACUACAUAUAAUGAUGAAUAUACCACAGCCCCUCUUCCUCCAGAUUACUUACUUAUUCUUACAAGGGAUGAAACUUUUCUUCUCAUAGUUAGAUUUUGACUUACAGAAGGGAGAGUAUGCUCAACUCAAAAGUACUCAAAACAUGUCGGACAAGACAUCUCUACCCUCUCAUGGAUUAUGGAAAAUGCUUUAGAAGUUUGAGGUAUAAUCCAGUUGAUCCAAGGUAUAAGAGCAUUGGAAAGGCUCAAGAGCAAGAGCUUUGUGGAUAUAAUGAGGUUUAAAGGCCUUAUCUUCUCUCCAGACUACCCUAUGGAAGGCACAAAGAAAUUCAAUUGGAACCUGUAUAUCAACUCUUACUUCUAUUGGAGAAGUUCUUUUGAAGAGAAAAAAGAAGCAAGCAGAGUUUCCUUUCUUAAAAUAUUGGAAAGAAUCAUCAGGGUCAAGAACCAAAACGAUUACAUUCUGGAAAUCACUAUUGUACAUGCAUUUUGAAUUAGCAUGAUCCUGCAAUACUUCUUUUGAUAUUUUAUGGCUGCUAUUUUUAGGAAUUGGAGGAAGAUCAAUCUGACUGAUAGAGCUGUAUUUCAUAUGGUUGCCUACCCGCUCAAAGUUAUUUUUGUUUUUCUACUAAUUUACUUAUCGGCUCACUGUUACAGAAUGAUUAAUGAUUUCGAAGACAAAGUUGUAUCAAUUCUAACCUCAGAAUGAAGCCCUGACUUCACAUCACAAGCUUUCUUCGCUUACCAAGAACACCUCAAGAAGUUCUCCUCUUUCCCAGUCACUAUUCUAACCCUGUCAUCUCUCAGCUUAGCCUGUGAUCUGUUCCAUUUACAGUCAUUUCCACACAAAAUAAAUUUUAGCUUUUAAACCUCUAAAUAAUAUUUUGUUCUUUAAAAAAUAAAAAUUGUUUACAAAUUGUCGGAUUUUGGUUGAGAAUAAAGGAAGAAGAAACAGUUUAUUGUGAGAGCUGAAUGUGAGACAAGUGCUGAGGGAUUAUAUGUCAGACUUUUUGGAAAUUAUGU